GAUUAAACAUGUGCAAGCCAUGUGCUACGAACACUAACUAGCACGUUGGGUUCGUUCAGUGUUUGACAAUGUUUGUGUUUAAUCCGCACGGAAACAGUCGUGCCACCAUGCAGCAGUGUUGUUCAGUCCAUUUGUUGACUCAUGAUCCUAUUAAUAUCUGUGUGAGCAAUGAAUGGCUGCAAUGGCACCGAAAAGAAGGUCGCAACUUCAGGGCCCUGACGAUUCAGUGGUCAAAUAUGCGCGUACUGAAGAAACUGGCUGGACAGGAGUGAACGAGCGCACCUUUAUCGCUAUAAAACCUGAUGGUGUGCAUCGAAGGCUGGUGGGAGAAAUUGUGCAGCGCUUUGAGAAAAAAGGCUUCAAGCUGGUGGGACUGAAGCUCAUUCAGGCAUCGGAGGAUCUUCUCCGGGAACAUUAUGCAGAGCUGAGAGCCAGGCCAUUUUUCACAGGACUGAUCCAAUACAUGAACUCGGGGCCAAUCGUUGCCAUGGUGUGGCAGGGUUUGGAUGUGGUUAAAACUGCGCGCAAGAUGUUGGGAGAGACCAAUCCUGCUGACUCCCUGCCAGGAACCAUCCGAGGGGAUUAUGCUGUGGAAGUGGGCAGGAAUGUGAUCCACGGCAGUGACUCCGUGGAAAGCGCUCAGAGAGAAAUCUCUCUGUGGUUUGGUCAGGAUGAGCUUCAGUGCUGGGAGGACACUCACAACCACUGGCUCUAUAACUGAACUGGGCUAAGGUCUGAAGCUGCCUCUCAUAGUUUGAACCACCAUUUAUUUUUUUUCGUUGGUCUCAUGACAUCAUGAAUGACAUACCUCAGCAGCUUAUAUUGGCUACAGUAAUUUCCAAGAGCCAAUAAGUCAGUUGCGUUAUCUUACAUUUAAACUUCAACUGUAUGAAGUAAAAUAUUUAACAUAUCAAACAUGCACUACCUGACCAAUGAUUUAACUAUUUUCUUUACGGUGUGCCAAUGAUUGAUAUUCAAAACAAAAACCAAUUGGUCCAUUUUAUUUAAGCUAAUGAACACCAUUUAGAUCACCAACAUGUUGUUAGUUCAUUGUCUUUACAGUUGAGGAAUAAAUAUUUCCUAACUUUGUCCAUGAAAAAAUCUUCUUGUAUUUUCCUAGGAUGGGGUAAAUUUAACAAAAAGUCAAACAAAAAUGUAUUUUUCAUUGAACCCCCUAAACAUGUUAGAGUUGAUUAUAUGUGACAACUGCCUUUUUGUAUAUUCAUAAUUUCGAAUUUCUUUGCCUUCUAAAGAAAUCAGAUCCCCUGGAAAUACUUGAAAAAAAUAAUUGUCUUACAAUUUAAUAUGUGGCAGUUUACCUGCCUUGAUUGUUCUUUUAAUACAAUAAUGUUCACUAAAAUGUUUUAAAAUAAUUUUUACUUUUCCAUUUUUCUAGUCAAUUUCAUGCUUUUGUAAAACACUCCUAUAGUGAUGUGGAAUUGGUUGUCAAAAAAAAUAAAGUUUAAACGAGG